AUGCCCUGGACUGUCCUGCUCUUUGCAGCCGGCUCCUUGGCUAUCCCAGCGCCAUCCAUCAUGCUGGUGCCCCCACAUCCCAGCAGCCAGGAGGACCCCAUCCACAUCUCAUGCAUGGCCCCCAGGGAUUUCCCGGGGGCGAAUUUCACACUGUAUCAAGGGGAGGAGGUGGUGCAGCUCCUGCAGGCCCCCGCGGACCAGCUCGAGGUCAUCUUCAACCUGAGUGGUGGCAGCAGGGAGGUUCCAGGGGGACCAUUCCGCUGCCAGUAUGGCGUGCUCGGCGAGCACAGGCAGCCUCAACUGUCGAACCUCAGUGAGCCCAUGCAUGUCUCCUUCCCAGUGCCCACCUGGAUCCUGGCACUCUCCUUGAGCCUGGCUGGAGCCUUCCUCCUCCUCGCUGGGCUGGUGACCACUGCGUUGGUCGUCAGGAAAGUUAAAGUAAAAAACUUGCAGAAGAAACGGGAGCGAGAAUCCUGCUGGGCCCAGGUUAACUUCGCCACGACAGACAUGUCCUUCGAUAACUCCCUGUUUACCAUCUCCAAAAUGACUUCAGAAGAAGACGCAGCCACCCAGGAUGCUCCCUCAGGCUCUGCUGCGACACCUGGCAACUCUGGGACACGGAAGAGGCCCACCUCCACGUCAUCCUCGCCUGAUCCCCCAGAAUUCAGCACAUUCCGGGCCUGCUAG